AUGGACCAGAGAUUAGAAAGGAUAGAACAAAUGCAAAGGGAGAUGCAAGAACAAUUACAAGCGCAGAUGCAAGAGCAACUGGCUAAGAUACAACAAGAUAUGAAGGAAAAAAUGGAAGAAUCCCAAAAUAAUCUGAUAGGCCAGUUGGCGCAGUUGCUGGCUAGAGAACGCGAGAAAGGGAAGAGUAUUAUGGGGAACAAUAAUGAAGACCCUAUCUAUCCUCCAGGCUUUGCUCCGGUAAACACUCAACCACAACCGGAGGUGCAUCCACAAACGGUACCUGUCACUAUCAGGCCCCAGCAAUACCAGGCCAAUGCCUCAACACUAAUGAAUAUUCUUAUAGGAUCGGGCUCUAAUCCUGGGGAUAAUCCAGCCAAUAUAUUGGUCCCGGACCUUGAUGACAUGGCAGAAAUGGAGAAAGGAAAAGUAGACAUGGUAAAACAACUCGAUGAUAGGUGUAAAUGUCUUGAAGAAAAGUUCAAAGCAAUGGAGACUACUGAUUACCGUGGCGGAAUCGACGCUAAGGACUUAAGCUUGGUCCCAGAUCUGGUGCUCCCACCAAAAUUUAAAACUCUGGAGUUCGAAAAGUAUAAUGGGACAAGCUGCCCUGAAGCUCAUAUUACGAUGUUCUAUCGAAGGAUGACAGGGUAUGUUAACAAUGACCAGCUUUUGAUCUACUAUUUCCAAGAUAGUCUGAUCAGAUCUGCGGCCAAGUGGUAUAACCAGCUCAACCGUGCCUAA